AUGGGAAAGAAAAACAAAGAGUCCCUAGGCCGUUCUCUUAUUAAAGAUCGUUUUGCAAAAAAUCGGCACCGGAAACAUGUUGAAGACAAUACUAUGUUGCACACAACUGAAGUAAAUGAUGGUUACGACUGGGGCCGCUUGAACUUACAAUCAGUCACAGCAGAAUCUUCAUUACAAGAGUUUUUGUCUACAGCUGAGUUGGCUAACAGAGAAUUUAUAGCUGAAAAGCUUAAUGUAAAAUAUGUCAAGUCGGCUCCAAGUGCAGUGGAGUUACAGACAUCACAGCCAGAUUUUGAUGAACCACUGACAGUUCCAAGACGACCACCUUGGAAACCAGGUAUAUCAGCAGAAGACCAAAUUAACAGGGAAAAAGAUUCAUUUUUAGACUGGAGGAGACAUUUAAAUGAACUGCAAGCUAAACUUGGAGCAGCUGUCACACCAUACGAAAGAAAUAUUGAAUUGUGGAAGCAACUGUGGAGAACUUUAGAGAAAUCUGAUGUUGUGUUACUCCUCUUAGAUGCUAGGAAUCCAUUACUAUUUAGGUGCUUAGAUUUAGAAAUGUAUGCAGCAGAACAGAACUGCAAGAUUAUAUUGUUGUUAAAUAAAGCCGACUUGACAACAGAAUAUGUAAGAAAAUGUUGGGCAGAAUACUUUACAAAAGAGAAUAUAUCAAUCAUAUUUUUCUCUGCGGCUAAAACAGUUAAAGAAAGAAAAAUAUCAGAAGAAAGUGCCACAAAACCUGACCUGAAUGUUGAUUCAGGAACAGAAUCAAUCGAUUCUAAUGAUGAAACAGAUGAUGAAAACCCUGACAAUUUGAAACAAACAGAAAUUGACAUUCAGAACUUUAAAAAACAAUUAGGUGUUUUAGAUGAAGCUGUUACAAAUACGGCUACAAAAUUAUCAAACAUACAAGAAGCAUUAGAUAAGGUUUUAGAAAAUUUAAGACUAGGAAAGCCCAUAGAACCUUUAGAACUAAAGAAAAACAUCAGUGAAAGUGAUCAAAAUGCAAAUCCCAAUGAAGUUAAUGUGCCAAAAGUAACAAAUUUACAUGAAAUAUUUGGCAGAGAUCAACUUGUAGAUGUUUUGAAAAGUAUUAAGGUUGAUAAACUAAAAAAUCCACCAAGAUUAACAGUGGGAAUGAUUGGAUACCCUAAUGUUGGAAAAUCUAGUACAGUUAACAUUUUGAUGCAGACAAAAAAAGUUAGUGUAAGUUCAAUGCCAGGUCACACACGUCACAUCCAGUCACUAAUUCUUGAUGAUGAUAUAGAAUUACUGGAUUGCCCGGGUUUAGUGUUGCCAGCAUAUGCAGUUGCACCAGAUUUAUUGCUUACUGCUGUGUUGCCAAUUGAUCAGAUGCGAGCUCACGAUGCGGCGAUGGCCCGUCUUUGUCAAUUGGUCAGCCGGAACACGUUCGAAGAGAAAUAUGGUUUGCUGUUGCCUGAAUAUGAAGGAAGUGACUUGGAAUAUAAGAAGAUACUUACGGCGCAUGCGUUUAACCGCGGCUUCAUGACGGCGGCUGGUCAGCCGGACGUGUCCCGAUCUGCGAGACUUCUCCUCAAAGAUGCUGCUAGCGGACGAUUGCAUUGGGAACAGCUACCACCAGGCUUCAGUGCCCCCAGUGUGGAUAUUUUGAUAGAAGAUAAGAAGAAUGACACUAGAAAACCUACGCCAAGGGAAGCUAGAGCUGUUGAGGGUUGGUUGAGCAAAUCAAGUGAGAUUGAUAAAGCGUUUUUCGCAAUGAAAAAGGCCGGUCCCCACGUCAAAGGAAAGCCGAUACUCGGUAUAAGUGGUUCGCAGACGACUGAAAAUCUCCUCACCAAACCCUGGAAACAAGAAAAGCGCCACGCGAAUAAAAAUAAAAGAGAGAAAUUGAGACGAGUGUACGCGCACUUAGAUGAACAUUAA